AUGACUUCCCGCUUCACUUUCAAAAAGCUUAACACUGCUCAUCUUCCACUCAUUCGCAGAUAUUGCAGUUCUUUCCCUUUUCACAAAAAGAGAGUAGCUAUAAGGACUCACAACUUGAAGAAUGUGUUGGUCGAAGGACAGAAUGCUUCUGUUUCUUCAACAUUAUGUGGUGCCCCAGUAAUUCCCAGUGGGAAAGUGGAGCCAGUGUUGCAUUACUAUGGGAUUGGAAAGUUCAUUGAUGUAUACUGCAAUGCAAACUAUACUUUUCCUGAUGAGACCAUAGAGAUGAGACUACAGUGCCAAGGCUACAAUUUGUGGAGUCCUUCCGUACAACCUUGUUUCCGUAGAACUUCACGUGACACUUCUCAACUGCGUAUUCAUAAUGGAAGAAUAAUCAGUAGAAAGAAAAACAACUUCGAGCCUGGAGAUACUGUUACUAUUAUCUGUAAUGCUGGCUAUGCAUUAAGUGGGCCAGCUGAGAUUCGAUACAUUGGUGGGAAGAAAUGGUUGCCUGCUGUUCCAGCUUGUUCUCUGAAUGAUUUCUUCAUACUGCUUAUAUCUGGUAUGUAAUGUUUUGAAACUGCAUGGAAAAAACAUGAAGAUGCACUCAUAAAUUUCACAUACAA